AUAAUUUAUAAUAUAAACUGUUGUGCUAUGUUCCAAUAUUAAAAAAGAAUGGAUCCCAAAUCACCCAAAAAUCAAGAUCAAACAACAGACCAAAACCCACAAAAGGAUAAUAAUAAUAACGACAAUAAUAGCAAUGAUAAUAAUAAUAAUCAUAAAUUUAUAAACCCAAACUACAAUACUUUAAUUCAUUUAAAUGACAAAGAAAUUCCUAAAUACUUUUCAAUAUUUGACAAACUUUAUUACACCUUUUAUCAUAUGGAAACACUGGAUAUCCAUGACUAUACAUACAGUAAAGAGACAAAACAACUUUGGAAAAAAAUAAUAGACAAUUGCCAAAAAUGUGCAUUUUUUUUUAAUUGUCGUUAUUUUGCUAACGAGGCAGUAGCACUAUAUAACAAUAUCGAAAUUUAUAAAAAACUUUCAUUAAUUAUAGAUCAUUGUUUAAAUCCAGGCAACUUUCAAGGUCUAAAACAUUUUCUUUUAAAUGUUUUCACUUAUCAUUAUUUUGAUAAUGAUAAGUCAACAAGUUUUUUAAAACCCUUAUUAGAUAAGCAAAUUGGUAUGACAAUAGCAACCAAGGAUUUUUACUACACAAUGGCUCAAGAAUUUAUUGAUAUUGUAGAAACAAAUAGAUAUGAACUGGUUGAUGAAGUUGAUGGCGAAGAAUUAAGGGAAACUAUUAUCAUCACUAAACUUUCAGUAUACUUUACAAGAUUUAAUGAAGAAAUUCUACCAUAUUUGCCUAGACCCAUCAUAGAUAGAAUCUCAACAUUUAGAAAAUCAGGCGGUUAUAGAUUUAAUAAUAUACGUCAAUAUAAUUUUGAUAGAGUAACAGAGAAAUAUUGGUAUUUUGAUGAUCCUGAAAAUAUAGUUUUAAUGAACAAUAAUGAAACUAUUAAAUUAAAUAACCAAAUCAAAAAUCAAAACAAUGUAGAUAAUAGUAUAAACAACAACAAUAUUGGUCACAAUAUAAGCAAUACUACAGAUAAAAACGAUAAAAAUAAUGAUAUCGAAAACAAUAUUAAUGUUGAUCAUAAUAUAGCUAAUACCACAGAUAAUAAAAAUAAUAAUAAAGAGAAUCCAAAAACCUCAACAAAUAUAGUUACCAAUGAUAGUAGUGAAAAUCAAAAUAAUAAAGAAAAUAGCAAUAAACCUAUUUGGUCAUAUAAUGAAACUAAAUUACUUAUUGAAGGGUUUUAUAUGUUUGGUGAAAAAUGGUCGAAAAUCAAAAAUUAUUUUUUUAGCAGCGAAAAUAAUUCUGGAAACCUCAGAUCAGAAGACGAGAUUUCACUUCAAAUAAAAAAAUAUAUAAAAAUUUUUCCUGAUAGUAAUCAAAUGAUUACAUGUUUUUUAUCGAUGAUUGACAAAGAAUGGUGCGACAAUCAUUUAAGAGAAAUUGAAAGAAAAGAAGAAAAAGAAAAAAAAAAAGAAAGAAAACAAGAACAAGAAAGAAAAAAAGAAAGAGAAAGGGAAAAAGAAAGAAAAAAUGAAAAUGAAAAUGAAAAUGAAAACGAAAGCGAAAAUGAAAAUGAAAAUGAAAAAGAAAAUGAAAAUGAAAAUGAUAAAGCAAAUGAUAAAGAAAAUUUAAAAAACAAACCCCUACUAUCCAAAGAGGAAACCGAUUUUGUUAAAGAGUUUAACUAUGAGAAUGAUUCACUAGAAUCAGAAAUAAAGAAGUUUAGAGAAAAAGAAAAAGAAAAAAAACAUACAGAUAAUAGUACUACAAAUCCCCCAUCGAAACAAACAAAUAUUUCCAAAAAUCCACAUGUACCAAAAAGAGAACACUCUCAAUCCCCAGUCAUCGACAUUAGCAGUGGCAGCGAAGAUGAAAAAAAAGAAAAAAAAAAGAAAAAUAUAUCUGAAAAGAACUCUGCCACUUCAUCAAAUAAUAAAAAAAAGGAAUCUAAAAGGGAGUAUAUUGACGCUGACAAUUUUGAUAACGGUGAAAGUGAAGAAGAAAGAGAAAGAGAAAAAGAAAGAGAAAGAAAAAAACUUAGAUUUUUACAAAGAGAAGAAGAAAAAAAAACUUUAGAAAAAAAAAAUAUCAAUAAUAAAGAUUAG